UGUUGUAAAAAUGCCUUUGAUCAGUGACAUUCUAUCCAAUUGAAUGUGGUAGAGUGAGAGAAGAAAGUUGGUGGACAGGAAGAAGGCCGUGAAGUUUAGGAUUCCACCAAAGUCACCGGCCGAGUCAAUCCUCUUCUCUUGGUUUUCGAAGAAUUCAGAGGAAGAUCUUUCCUGUUAUGGGUGUCUAUCCACCAAAAGAAAGGAGUCGAACUCCAAAGAAAGAGGGAUCAGUACAAGGCUUGCGCUUGUCUUCCGUCUGAUCAGAAGUCUCCUUUUCAAUACCCAACUCGCUCCUCUCCUGGUCGAGAUAUUGAACCAUUUCUCGCAAGUCAGAUGAAGGCUUUCUUCUUCUGCUCCUUCUUGUUCUUCUGCUUCAACCCAUCCUUUACAGCAGCAGACAGCCCAGAAUACAGGGACUGCGCCCCGGCGUCCUGCAAUGGCAUCGACGUCAACUAUCCCUUCUCCCUUUACGCCUCCACACCCGGCACCAGUUGUGCUUUCCCUGGUCUGAACCUCACCUGCCAAGGGGACGAGGCCGAUGCCCUCCUCUUCCUGAAUACGCCCACGGGUCUCAAGUUCAUUGUCAAGAGCAUCAACUACACGGCUCAGACCAUCAAGCUGGCCAUCGACCGCAGCCUAAUGUUAGGCAGCCAUGGCGGGUGCUUCUACCCCUCCAUAAAUGUCACGCUCUUCAAUAUCACCAACGAUGACCUCCCACUCAGAUUCACUACAAAUUACAGAUCGGUGAUCCUCUUCUACAGAUGCUCUACCAAGCCCAAUGCUACUGGCGGGUUCAAUCAAAGCUUGGAUUACAUCCCGGGCCAGAAUAACAUCGUGUCGGUGUGCUCUAGCCCUGCCUCUACCUCCUAUUCCUACGCCUUCUCUAACGACGACUAUCUGUACAAAAGCUUUCGUUGGUUUAACUUCUGCAAGGCAAUGGUGAGCUUCCCCAUCUUGGCGUCAUCUUUUUCUAGUGGCUUCAGCGAUAUAUCCUUGUCCGAUGAGUUCGAUCUGGGAUGGACGGUCGAAAGCAUGACCCUUUGCGCCGAUUGCACCGCCUCAGGUGGUCGCUGCGGAUACAGCACCAUCGGCAACGGCUUCCUUUGCUUCUGCAGGCAGGGUUCUCGCUAUGGCAAUUGCAACCGAAUCGGUUCCAGCAAAUGGAAGGAGAUCAUAAUAGGUCUGGCAGCAGCUGUCGGCAGCUUUCUAUUAGCAUGUUUGUUGUUCUGGGCUCGAUCCCUUUGGGUUUCCAGAGCAACAAGAUUUCCUGCAGAAAGCGGAUGUUUUCAACUCCAUGCACCAGCAAAACUUGAGAAGUUAUUGCUUGAUUACAAGACUCUCACAGCCACUAGAUACACGUACAGUGACAUAAUGAAGAUGACAAACAAGUUCGAAAGUAAACUUGGGCAGGGUGGCUAUGGGAGCGUCUUUCAAGGAUGGUUGUCCAAUGGCAAACCGGUGGCAGUAAAGCUAAUGGAGAAAUCGUAUAAAGAUGGGGAAGAAUUUUGUAACGAAGUUGCUACCGUUGGUAUGAUUCACCAUGUCAACGUGGUUCGCCUCCUUGGCUUCUGUGUUGAAGGGUCUCGUCGGGUACUUGUGUACGAAUUCAUGUCGAAUGGUUCGCUUGAGAAGAUUACCAACACCAUAAUUGCAGGUCGUUGCAUGUUCAGGCCAGAAAGGUUAUAUGAUAUAGCACUAGGCAUUGCGAGGGGAAUUGAGUAUCUACACCAAGGUUGUGAUCAAAGAAUCAUCCACUUUGACAUCAAACCACACAACAUUCUUUUGGACCAUGACUAUACACCAAAGAUUUCUGAUUUUGGUCUAGCAAAAUCAUAUUCCAAGGAGCGAAGCACUGUAACUAUUACACAAGGCAAAGGCACAGUUGGUUACGUUGCUCCUGAGGUAUUCUAUGGCAAUUCCAGGCAUGUCUCACAUAAAUCCGAUGUUUAUAGCUUUGGAAUGUUGCUGAUAGCAAUGCUUGGGAUGAAAGAAAAGAUUGGUGCCACUGGUGGGUGUUCUACUGGACCAUAUUUUCCUCAAUGGAUUCAUGACACUCUUUUAAAGAAUCAAAACUUUGAAGGCAUUGAAGAAGGGCAAGAUGAAAUUAUUCGAAAGGUCACCACUAUAGCCUUGUGGUGCAUGCAAUGGAAUCCACUUGAUAGACCUUGUAUGAAAGAAGUAGUUAAGAUGUUUGAAAGCAGCACGUCAAACUUGACAAUGCCUCCCAAUCGUUUUUACCCCGCAAUUGAACAUGAGUUCAUGAGUCGAGGUACCGACUCUUCAUCUAUAUCAGAAUGAUGAUUCGGGUACUCGAGAAACAGCAAAAAGUGGGAAAUUUUUUGACAGAAAAUUGGCAGCAUUAAUCAGCUGAGUUUGGCUAUUCAUGUUACCUUGUCGCCUUUCCUCAAUUUUUAGUUUCAGACCGGAAAUGUGCCUGUCUGUUUAGUUUCUCAGUCAAGUUGGCUAUUCAUGUUUACUUGGGGCUAGUAUGAGGGUCUUGAAUUAAAAUUGCAGAAAUAAAAUUCCACCUCAAACUG